AUGUCUGGGGUUAAAUAUAUAGUUGCAUGUGGGUUAGUCCUAGCUAGUUCACAAUUCUACCACUCUUAUCGGCAAGCAAAAGAAUCUGAAUUAAAAGAGCUCUAUCGAGAAACUCUAGACAAAGCCAAUCUUUUAAAGCAAAUUCACAAUAAAAUAGCUCCAAAAUGGGACUAUGAGCAAAAUUCUUACGAAUGGGCAAAAAGAAUUGAUAAAUAUAGGAAGAUUCUCUGCAGCUAUGCUGAGGGGAAAGUCCUUGAAGUUGGCGUAGGAACUGGGUCAAAUUUUGAAUAUUAUCCAAGAGGUGUAAGAGUAAUUGGGGUUGAUUGAAGCCCUGACAUGCUGAAAGAGUGCAAUUCAAAACCAAAAGGAAAAUUAAAGAACGUCACUUUAGCUGAAAUGGAUGCAAAAAGUUUAUCAUUCUCUGAUGAACUAUUCGACACAGUUGUCGCUACUUUUGUAUUAAGUAGCACUGAUAACCCAAGUGCUGUCAUAAAAGAAAUGAUCAGAGUUUGCAAGCCAAAUGGAACAAUCUUGAUUCUUGACAGAGGAAAAGGAGAAGGAGUUCUAACUAAUAUUCAUCUAUCAUUGUAUAGAUACAAAAACCUAUUCAAGUUUGGCUAUGAUCAAUGUACAAAUAUUAAAAAGAUCAUUGAUGCUGCACCUGUUAAAAUUGAAAUUGAGGAGCGGAAGCAAGGCGGACACAUUUAUUUUUAUUUGCUGAAAAAAAUCACAUAG